GAGGAGAUGGAGGAGGAACGGAGGAGGGAGGAGAGGAGUAGGAGAGAAGGAGGGGGCUUGUCUUGUGCGUCAGUAAGUCAAGCAUGUUCCAAUAACGUGCUGUAUUAUCUGCUGCUAUUUGCAGUUUGUCGUAGCCAGGCACUAGACUGAGCUCGAGUAAAAAAGCUGCACAAGCUGCUCUUUACUUAUCCUCUGUGAUGGAAACGAUCUCAAAUGGACUGAAAUUUGGAUGGCAAAAGGAGGAGUCUAACUCUUGUCUGUGGCUUUGCUCUCUCCAUGCAAAACACAAGAGAUUCUUGUGAGAGGGCAGAGGAUGGAGGCAGGUGUAAAGAAUAGCACAUGGACAAUGAAAAUAUUAUGUGUGAGGUUGUUUGGAAUCAUUCUGUUGCUUGCAACUGAUCUGAGCUGGCUGAGCUUGAAAGAGCAGGCUGUGGCCAGUGCCCAGAAUAAUGAGAGAAGGGUGCUGGCGCAUAUCCCAGGGGACAUUAUCAUUGGAGCUCUGUUCUCUGUCCACCACCAACCACCUGCAGACAAGGUGCAUGAGCGAAAGUGCGGCGCAGUGCGUGAGCAGUAUGGGAUCCAGAGAGUGGAGGCCAUGAUGCACACUCUGGACAGGAUUAAUGCAGACCCCAAUAUCCUUCCCAAUAUUUCUUUGGGCUGUGAGAUAAGGGACUCGUGCUGGCACUCAGCGGUGGCUCUAGAGCAGAGCAUUGAGUUUAUCCGGGACACAUUAGUGUCCAGUGAUGAGGAGGAGAGCCAGGCCAGAUGCACAGCAGAAGCAGGGACCAUACUCCUGCAGGGAAAGAAGCCCAUUGUGGGACUCAUCGGACCAGGAUCCAGCUCUGUGGCUAUCCAGGUGCAGAAUCUCCUGCAGCUCUUCAAUAUCCCACAGAUUGCAUACUCGGCCACCAGCAUGGAUCUCAGUGACAAGAGUCUAUAUAAAUACUUUAUGAGAGUGGUGCCAUCAGAUAUGCAACAAGCCAGAGCCAUGGUGGACAUUGUCAAGAGGUAUAACUGGAGCUAUGUGUCUGCAAUACACACAGAGGGUAACUAUGGUGAGAGCGGUAUGGAGGCAUUCAAAGACAUGGCAGCAAAAGAGGGAAUCUGCAUUGCCCACUCCGACAAAAUAUACAGUAAUGCAGGGGAACAGAACUUUGACAAACUACUGCAAAAACUCAUGGCUCAUCUACCCAAAGCCAGAGUGGUAGCCUGCUUCUGCGAGGGCAUGACAGUCCGAGGCAUUCUGAUGGCCAUGAGACGAAAGCGCCUGGUGGGGGAGCUGCUGCUGGUGGGAAGUGAUGGCUGGGCAGACAGGUAUGAUGUCACUGAUGGCUAUCAAAUGGAGGCUGCCGGUGGGAUCACCAUCAAGCUAAAGUCAGCACACGUGAACUGGUUUGAUGAUUAUUACCUGAACUUGAAGCCUGAUUCCAACCUGAGGAAUCCCUGGUUUCCUGAAUUCUGGCAGCACCGUUUCCAGUGUCGACUGAGAGGGCAUCCACAGGAGAGCCCAAAGUACAACCGGACUUGCAGCUGGAGAGAAUCUCUACGACACCAGUAUGCCCAAGAUACAAAAAUGGGUUUUGUCAUAAAUGCCAUUUACUCAAUGGCUUAUGGUCUGCAUGCCAUGCAGCAAACUCUCUGUCCAGGAUAUAAAGGUUUGUGUGAAAACAUGCGGCCGAUAGAUGGCCGCAAGCUGCUGGAUUACCUAAUGAGAACCAACUUUACUGGUGUAUCUGGAGAGAUCAUCCACUUUGACCAGAAUGGAGACUCCCCUGGCAGGUAUGAAAUCAUGAACUUCAAGCAGCUUGGAGUGGGUCAGUACGCUUACAUCCAUGUGGGAAGUUGGGAUCAGGGUGGUCUGAAGAUGAAUGAUGAGGAAAUAUGGAGCAACAGCAGUGAAAUCAUCCAAUCAGUCUGCUCUGAGCCCUGCCAAAAGGCUCAGAUCAAGGUGAUCCGUAAAGGAGAAGUCAGCUGCUGUUGGACUUGUACUCCCUGCAAGGAGAACGAAUUCGUCUUUGAUGAGUACACUUGUCGAGCCUGUAUCCUGGGCUCCUGGCCUACCUACGACCUUACUGGUUGUGCACCAAUUCCGGUCCAGUAUGUGCGAUGGGGGGAUCCAGAGCCAAUCGCAGCUGUAGUCUUUGCCUGUCUGGGACUCAUGGCUACACUUUUUGUUACUUCUGUCUUCAUCAAAUUUUGGGACACUCCUGUGGUGAAGUCAUCUAGUCGGGAGCUUUGCUACAUCAUUCUUGCUGGAAUAUGUCUGGGUUACCUGUGCACCUUCAGCCUAAUUGCCAAGCCACACAUUGUCUACUGCUACCUACAGCGGCUGGGGAUUGGCCUGUCCCCUGCCAUGAGCUACUCAGCCUUAGUUACCAAGACCAACCGCAUAGCACGCAUCUUGGCAGGGAGCAAGAAGAAGAUCUGCACAAAGAAACCGCGUUUUAUGUCCGCCUGCGCACAAUUGGUCAUCGCCUUCCUACUCAUACUGCUGCAACUGGGAAUUAUUGUGGCACUUCUUAUCAUAGAGCCACCAGAGGUUAUCUAUGAUUACCCCAGUAUCCGUGAGGUACAUUUGAUCUGCAAUUUGACCACUUUGGGAGUGGUGGCACCACUGGGCUACAAUGGCCUGCUUAUACUCAGCUGCACCUUUUAUGCCUUCAAGACUCGCAACGUGCCAGCUAAUUUCAAUGAGGCCAAGUACAUUGCCUUUACCAUGUACACCACCUGUAUUAUCUGGCUGGCCUUUGUGCCCAUUUACUUCGGCUCUAAUUACAAGAUCAUAACUAUGUGCUUUAGCGUGAGUCUCAGUGCCACAGUGGCUCUCUGCUGCACGUUUGUCCCUAAAGUGUACAUCAUGCUUGCCAAGCCUGAGAAGAAUGUACGCAGCGCAUUCACCACUUCCACUGUUGUGCGCAUGCAUGUGGGCGAUGCCAAGAAAGCUGCCAAGACUGGCAAGUCAUCCAGCAGCAUGGCCAACCUGUUUCGACGUGGUGGAUCAGCACAGGACAACAUAAGUUCCAAUGGAAAAUCUUGGGGGAAGACUGAACGGAGCUCCAGACCAAACUUGUGGAAGAGGAUGUCGUUCCAUGUUAAGAAAAAAGACCCAGUCGAGGUGAAUCAAACUGCCAUCAUCAAGCCAUUUUCUAAAGGAGACACAACUGGGGAAAACAGUGUCACAGAGCAGUACGAAGGCCCACAGCUGUCUCAAUCUUUUACCUGCUUGCCCUCUCAGUCACCUCUGCCCACUAUUAGUCCACAUGCAGCUAAAACAAGAGGUCACCAUUCAGACGAGAAAGGUGAGGAGGUACAGGUUUUACCACCCUAUGCACCUGAGUUCUCUUCUGGGGUCAGGCGGAGAGGUGGGGACAACGGCCAGAUUGCUACGAUUGUAGACGGUGGGGACAUCAGCAUCAUUAGCGUGGGUGAAAUUGGCCAAACUCAGGGUACCACCAUCAUGGACCAGAUCAGCUGUGUUGUCAAUCGUUUCACCGCCAACAUCAGUGAGCUGAACACCAUGAUGCUGCCAGGAGGACCCGUCCUCCCGCCUUCCACCACAGCUCCGCCCGUUGCCUCAGACAACUCCCCGUGUCCAUCCCAGUACUUCAAUAGACAGACACCUUCUACCGUCACCACAUACGCCGAAGUGACUGCCGUCUCCAACUGCUGCGACAAUCGACCUAAGAUUUAUGAGCAACUGGCUGGGACUUGCACGGGCGGGAGACGGGCAAAGAAUCCGGAGGAGCUGAUGGCUCUGACACCUCCGUCCCCAUUCAGGGAUUUCUCCCUGAGCUCUGACGAGAGCUCGCCUCCCUCACUGUCCCCGGCUUCUGAGGCCGAAUGUGACCAGCUGCUGCUGAGACACUACCAGAGCUCCUCCUCUCUUUAGGCCUCCUCUCUCCUCUCUGUGUUUAUCUUUUAUUCGGAGUAUUUUUAACUCCGUAAAGACAGCCAUUUUUGCCAGGACCAAACUUUCAAUGCCUUUCUACAUGUGGAUAUUGUAGAUAAUCAGUUGGUUUUUGUAAAGUUUUCAGAUGGGAUUGAAUACACUUCAAAUGUCAGUUGGGGCUAGGAUGGAAAAAAAGAAUACUGCUUAGACUUACAUAGCAAAAAUAUUUUUAAGCAGUUCCGGUCAAACAUUUCUAAUCACUAGUAAUCUACACAAACAUCACUUAUUUGGGAAUUUGAAUCAUUAAUUUGAACUAUUUCUUUACAGUAGCUAGCAUAUUGUUUUAAUAAAAUAACAUGCAAUUUUGUAAAACUAGAAAUGGGUGGCCAAGUUUCAUUUUGUUAUUAUUUUGUUGUUUUUUUUGUUUUGUUUUUUCAUUUACACUGGAUCAAAAUUAUAUGCAGGAUAUUUACAUUAGAUUAUGCUUACAUCCCCCAAAUGAUAGCAAUAAUGCAUCAAGAUGCCACUGUGGACUGUGACACUUAUGUUCCAGCAUCUUGCAAUUGUUGAAUCAAGAUCCAGAAGGUUCUGUUGUUCCAAGAGAUUCUGACCAGUUUUCUUUCAUUUGAAAAUGGCUGUUUGGGUCAGAUGGCUCUAACUUUGGAAAAAUUUGUGUUCUCACAGGAAAAUCAUCAUAAGCAGAUGUCACAACUGGUUUUGUAACAUAACGAAGAGUAAUAGUAAGCUUCUCAAGCAGCUUCAAUGACAUUUUUGAUCAUUUAUAAAACAUGAUUCAGAGCCAAAUUUACAAGAGGAAGCCAACCAAUUUAACAAAUUAUAUUAAUUUUAAUAAAGUAAAUGGUCAAAUUUGUUAUUUGGAUAUCCAUCUCUUUAUUGAUGGCUAUAAAAUGUGUUUCUUCUUUGCAAGUUGUUGAGGAACAUUUUUCCAAAUUCAAAUAGGCAUGUAUGCACUGUGAAGAUGCAUAUAUACUUUUUACAGUGCAGACUACACUACACAACUCCACAGGAAUUUAAAAUUUCUGCACCUAAAGGUUGUUUUUAAAGAAUAGUUACCGUUAUAUGUUGCAUAACUAUUCCAAAAGAAGGAUGGAAAUACAUGAAUAAAAGCCAAAAAUGUAUGUAACAUUUAUGAUGUUGAUGAAUACAUCUAAACUUUUGACAGAAACCACACCAUCACAAAAUUUUAAAUAUUAAAUAAUACAAAAUUUAUUAAAUAAACUAACAAAAAACUUUAACUGAACUACAGUUUUUUUCUAAUUAUGUUUCCAACUCCAAAGAAAACAUGGAUGUUAAGCUGAAGACUAUUUUAUUUAUAAGCCUUUAAAUCACAUCUUUCUUUAUUCAAAUAUUCUUUUUAAGUGUUUCAUGAAAUUAAUUCAAAAUUACACAUGGAUCUCAAUCUCAAAAAAUCAGUGUGCAUAUUAAAUUGCUGUAUUUCAGUUGUAUAUUUUUAGCUAUUUAUGAUAACUGAAAGAAUGAUUUGUUUUUUUAGCUUGUUGAUAAGUUUCUGCAUAAUGGUGAUUUUUAUUACUGACAAUCCUAAGAAAAAAAUAAGUUUAAGAUUAUAAAUGACUUUUUUUUACUCACUCACUAACUCAUUGGCAAAAAAAACAUUGUGACCUUUAAAAAAAAAGGUUUUGUUGGCUCUAGUGGCCUUUAUUUGAAGGUAGUUUUACAGGAAAGAGGAUAAUGAGAGAGGGGAAGACAUGUGGCAAAUAACGCCAGGCCGGGAGUCAAACAUGCGACCAUUGGCAUGAGGACUAAGGCCUCAAUAUGUGGAUUGUGUUUUGCCCUUGUGCCACCACAGCACCUCAAACAUUGAAAAUCCUAAAGAAAAAACAGACAAAAACUGCAAAUAUUGCAUUUUGUUGUGCAUUCUCCUCCUCCAUUCAGCAAAUCCUCCUCUUCUGAGUGGAAAGAAGCUAUUUGCUUCUCCAGGGAAUACAAGCUACUGUCUCAGUGAACACAAUCAACAGGAAUGUAACCCACAAAGAGCUUAAAGACACGUUGGAUGUUUCUUCUAUCGUUCUAUCUCAAUAUGACUUAGCUGAAUGUAUAAUGAGGUAGGAUUUGUAAGAGGUCCAAAACUAUUUUUCAUCUCAGGAUGCAUCUGAAAUAAAUUGUUUCUGACUGCAACUCUUUCCUGCUGGAUUAGUGAAGUUGCUGGCGCAAAAUGUUUCCACUUUGCAUGAUCACUCUCUUUAAAUGAGUUUACUUUACAUAUCUUGGAAUUAGAAUUUUAUGGUUAUUAGAUACAGUAGCAAUGUCAUUAUUCAAGUAGUGAGCUUGAUUGUUUUACAGUUUAGUUUUAGCAAGAGACAAGCAAACAGUGUUGAAAAUGUGUUGGAUUUUUCUCUUCUUGCUGUGCCAAUCUCCUGCUGUGGUUUGAGUUUUGUUUCUUUAAAAUAGGUCACAAAAUGUACAUUUCUUUUGCCUGGUUCUUUCAGAUCACUCAGUACUGUGUUUUGUUAUGCUUUUUUCUACAUAUUUGAAGUUCUAGAUGAAUGUUUGUAUUCACAGACUCACAGCUUUUUAGCCUGUGAAACAAAACUGAUAUUUAUGUUGCAGCUAUCCUUUAUGUGUUUAUCUAUUUCUUUAUUUAAAGUUUGGCUUCAGUCCCUUACCUCUCUGUUAAUAUUUACACAGGCGAUGAUGUGUUUAUAUUCAGUAUUUUUAGUUUUAGUUUUUACUUAGUAAUAAUCUAAGUAUACUCCUGGAAAGUUACCAUAUUCGCAUGUACCUUUGUACAUUUUGCAGACUAAAAUGUGAGUUUGUGUUUGUAACUUAUUGAAGAUAGCCUGUAUUUUUCUUUUAUAAAUUACUGACAGACUUUUACUGCAUUAAAGGAAUUCAUCUAAAUUUA